AUGUCAGCGACAGGCUGGAAGGCGGGCGACCUACCGAACACCUUGACGCACAAAGCCCACGCUCGUCAGCUCGUCACGGGUGCGCAUACCGUGUCCGAUAUCAGCUGUCGCAGCUGUGGUACCGUGCUAGGAUGGAAGUACGUCGAUGCUGCUGAAGAGACUCAGAAGUACAAGGUCGGCAAAUUCAUACUGGAGACCAAGAGAGUCGUCAAAGGCGCGGAAUGGGACGAGAGCGUAGAAGAGGAAGACAACGGCAUGGUGCUGGAGAAGGAAGGUGACAUCGAGUUCGAUUCGCAGGACGAAGACGAAUGCGAGGACCUCUUCAGCGGCAUCUGGAGCCCCCAACUUGCGAGCAAGAGGAGGAAGCGCCGUGCUUACGGUGGCAUCGACUUGUCAGCAUGA